AUGUCACAAUUCCAAAUCAUCGGUGAGCAGUACAAGAAACUGCCAGUUUUGAUCAACAGCGCAAAUGUCGGUGGAAAGACGUACAUCGUGACGGGCGGCAACACCGGGAUCGGGCUGGAGACAGCGCGACACCUAGUCAAAGCGGAUGCAGGCCGAGUCAUCAUUUCGAGUCGCAAAAUCUCAGCAGGCGAAGCGGCGAAGGCAGACAUUGAGGGCACGACUGGGCGGAAGAAUGUGGUUGAGGUCUGGCAGCUUGACCUCACAUCCUUCGCGUCCGUCAAAGAAUUUGCUGCCAAAGCCUCAGGACUAGAGCGAAUCGAUGCUCUUAUCGAGAACGCCGGAGUGAUGACGGACAAAUUCGCCAUUGUUGAGGGCAACGAGACCUCCAUGACAGUCAACGUUGUUAGUCCAUUCUUGUUGGCCGCGCUCUUGAUGCCGAAGUUGCAGGAAACGGCCCAGCAGUUCACCAUCACGCCGCACAUUAUCAUGGUCGGUAGCGCGCUGGCGCUUCAAGCGAACAAAGAAUUGGAGAAGGGUGGAUCAAAGAACAUCUUUGCGAACCUGAACGAUGCCAAAAUCACAGAUCGCUAUCCUUUGACGAAACUUGUGCAGCUAUACGCACUCCGCGAAUGGGCCACCCGUUACCCUGCCGAGAAGACGAACGUGAUCAUGAAUAUGACCGCACCUGGUGUAUGCUCAACCGGUCUUGCCCGCGACACAAAUGCCCGGACUCGUGCUUUGAUCGGUACAAUUCGGUUCAUCUUUGCGCGGACACCCGAGGAAGGCAGCCGUACCACGGUUCAUGGUGUCGUCGCUGACAAAGAUAGCCACGGCAAAUUUCUCUCAGGGUGUCAAAUAAAAGAUUGGUGGGUUCCCGCGUGGGCCAAGAGCGAGCAAGGACUACGAAUACAAAAGCAGCUGUGGGAAGAGCUUACGGAUACUCUGGAGACGACUUCCCCUGGCGUGAUGUCCAACAUCAAGUCGAUUCGCAGCUAG